AUCGCGCGGUUGAUGCCGUCGUGCGAGCUGGCGCGGCCGCGUCGCUCGUAUUGGCCGGCGCAGCAACGAUCUGGCAACAACGCGCAUUUAUUUUUAGUCCAGCGUUUGUCGUGUCGUUCGCAUCACGUAUAACCUUUACGAACGAACGUUUUAAAUCAAUAAUAACACUAUUUUAACCAGUUUAAAGUGCAUAUUCAUUGUGUCUAUAAACAAAAUAGAUUUUUCGUCUGUGAAAUGUGUUUACAAACGGACUAACCGGCAAUAUUCCAUAAUAACAAUCUAGUGUGAGUUUCAUUGGCUGUGUUCAUAGAGGCUAAAAUCGAGUGGGUGUGUAUCAUGACGGCUAAUACCUCUGGGGACGAUUAUUUCUAUGUGGAGGGAAGAGUAACGAACCUUAUUGAAACUUUGAUAGAAGAGGUGGCUGCUACGCCUGCGUUGUGGAAUAGAUAUGACAAUAAUUAUAACAGGGCAGCUAUGGAUGCUGAAUGGGCGAGGAUUGCUGGAUUGUUGGGCAAAGAGAAAGACUUCAUAAAACAAAAAUGGCGGAACUUACGAGACCAAUUCAUAAGAGAAAGUAAGAAGGUAAAAGUUCCCUAUGACAACCCUACAAAACCCUACAUAGAAUAUUACAGAGGAAAGUGGCUGUACUUUGAAAAAAUGCUGUUUUUAAGAAAAUCACUACCUACCAAUGUUGUCACAGUUGUAGACUGCGAAUUUCCGGAAGAAAUGGAAGUGCAAGGGAAUACUAUAAUAAAAGAAGAAGUAGAAGAAUAUGACGAAAAUACUCUGCUCUCUAAUUCUAUGUACAGUGUGGAUCACAACAGUUUUGAUGGAGCAACUCCAGUACAUUCCCUGAGUAUAGGCACCGACAAUAAUUUAAUUAUAAAGCCUAAAGAUGAGAUAAUAGAGAAAGUAAAUGAUGGAGAAAAACAGAUAGAUGCAAGCAAAACUGACAAUCGAAAAAGAAAAUGUUCCGAUUCCACAGAAUCUGUUGUUUCAGAGAAAAACAAGAGGCUAUCAGUGAAUGGUAAUUCAUCUGAUGAUCAAAAUGAAAUAGAUGAUGAUCUACAUUUCGUGAAGAGUUUGGUUCCAUUCCUUAGAAAGCUAAGUCCUAUUAGAAAACUGUUGGUUCGAAACGAAAUUCAAAGCUUGUUGAUUAGAGAAAGCCUCUGUGAUAAAUGUAAGCAAAAUACUUCCCAUACUUGUUGAUUUGGUUUAUAUCUAAGCUUGUGUUAAAAUAUUGAGCUUCAAGUUAAUUUUAUUAUAAAUAUAGUUAAUUUUCUAA